ACCUUGGUAUGGUUGCAUACGAGAAUGAUAGAAUUGGUCGCUAUUCAUGUCUUUCGUUCAUGGUACUUAUCAGUUUCCCCUUUUAUUUUUUAUUCGGUUGUCUUCGCUUGCUUUGUCAAUUGUGUUUUGCCUGUCGAUAGACAAAAGUAUUCAUAUGCGGAAAUAUAGUAUUAAACACUUGGAUGUGAACAAUUCAGAAAUAAAAUGUCUGCAAAAGGAAACAACGGCAGUUACAAAGUGCUUAUGCAGUUGUGGUCAAAUGAAUUAACAAAUGAUGAUAAUCCCCCGGCGUUUUAUCUGAGCCGUCCAAAUAUACGCGCCGUCUACACUUCCAAUUAUGGCGAAACUACUGAUGACGUACACUUAUUAUACUUUAAAGAACCAAAGAGUACAGCAUAUCCUCUUGACUUGAAUAAGGGAUUCGAUCAAUUCAUUUUCCGCCAAAAAAGUAAACCAAGUCAAGUAUUGGCUAAAGUCCAAAAAUUUGUAUUGGAGAGCGAAGAUAAUGUGUUGAAACCAAAUGCCUCAAUCCCGGAUGCGGAGUUCCGAAAUGAACCGCAGGCAAAAUCAAAACGAAAAGUGGUGCUAGGCCAACGGGGAGUUCUGACUCGUAUCAUGCUCGUUCCAUAUCGAUUGACCCCAUCGGAAUAUAACAGUUACACAUUUUCGGCUACCAGGUACUGUGGUAUUCUUCAUCUCACUGACGUUGAUUGGAGAGAUGAGCAGAACAAAAACGGCUCAUAUCACGGAAAGUUUGCCCAAUCCUGCUUUUCCGGAAUAGAAUUUUAGAAAUUUUUAGAGCGGUUUGAAGCUGCAAAGACCAGACGAAAGGGCGUAACACUUUGCGCAUAUCGAAACAGAAAAAGCUUGAUCGAGUUGCAAUCACAACCGAAGUGUUGAGCGAAUCUUUAAAAUAUCACGUUCUGUGUGCAAAUUUUCAGCAGUAGGACAAUAACGCCUCUUUUAUUAUAUGCCUCGAACAGGCUAAAAGUUUAAGGAUUGAAUUCUUAAAUUGCAAAUAUGUAAUCGUAAUUAUCUGAACUCUUUACAAAUAAGGCUUGUUCGAGUUGCAAUCACAACCGCAUUGUUGAGCGAAUUAAUAAAGCAUCACGUUAGCUGUGAAUUUCUAGCAGCGUUUUACCAAUUUGGAAGUUACAAGUCUUGCAAAUUUUCAUCACCGCUGCAGUAUUGCUGUUUUUAUUGCGCGUCCCACCAGGCUUAUUCUGUGGAUCGCAUAGCCAAUGUUUGACUUAACAAAAGUUUCUUAAAGUAAAGCGCAGUGCAAAUUUUUUCCAGCCAGUUAACUUUCCUAUAUUUCCGCUGGUUAUAAGGAUGGCGGGCGAAGGGGGAGUGGGCGUCGUACUAACCGCCAUUUACAAAAAUGCAACUGCUUCCUUAGCAAACUAGUUAAAAAAUUACAGUUUUUACUUUUCGCUUGUUUUUAUGUACUUUAAUUUGAUCGAAUAAUUAAAAAAAUUGCAAGGCCUAAUUUUGGAUAAAAAAAUAUUUU